AUGCAACUAAUGUUUCUUCCGAUAGUUAGUCUUGUUAUUUUCACUAUUAUUUCUUUGAUUAAUGGUCAAUGUACACAAUCUCAAUGUACUGCACAACAAGCAGGUUCAACAUGUUGUUUUGAAAUUGGUUGUUGUCCAGCUAUAAAUAAUGUUUGUUGUUCGAAUGAUCGAACAAGUUGUUGUUCAACUCAAUAUCCAGUGUGUUGUGGUGGUGGAAAAGGUUGUUGUCCUCGAGAAUAUCCAGUAUGUUGUUCUACUUAUUGUUGUUCAUCUGGUUCGUAUUGUUGCGGAAAAAAAUGUUGUAGACGAAAUCGAUCAACAGCUCAUUUCAUUGAAAUAUAUGGAGGAAUAUCAAAAAUGAAUCAAUAUCAACAAUUAAUGAUGAAUUUAUAUCAUUUGUAG